AUGGAAACAGAAGAAGAACUGGUAGCUGCUGCGAAGCAAAUCAUGAAACCUCUUGAAAUGAAGAAGAAUUUGAUGGAUGAUUCUAAGAAAAUUUUGUCGAAUCUAUGCAUGCAGUUGUGUGAUAUAACUAGAGAGAAGGAACAGAAAGAUGAAGGAGUGAAAGAAAAUGAUGGACUUAAUGAGAUUGAGCAGCAGCUUGAUUUGAUACAAGAUAAGGUUUUGAGUUGGGAGAGGGAUCAGGCGAUUAUAUGGGAUUGUGGCCCAGAAGAAGCUUAUGAGGCUCAUGAUGUUUUUCAGAUGGCUAUGGCAAGGCUUGAAGAGGAGUUUAAGCACUUGCUUGUUCAGAAUAGGCAGCCUUUUGAACUGGAGCAUAUGUCUUUUCGAUCAAGUGAAGAUGAUAUUAUGGAGGCAGGGUCUGUAAUCUUGUUAGGGGAUGAUUCACUUGAAGUUGUAGUUCAAAGAGAUAUAUCAGAGAAAUUGGGGAGACUCUCAAUUGAAUUAGCAAAACAGGGGAGAAGUGGACUGGAUGAUCUAUUGUUAUCAACUGAUGGCGGAAAGCAUGACUACGAUUGGCUUCUUACUCCUCUUGGAACUCCUCUUGUUCCUCCAUUGGAUAUAAAUGAAUCCCGAUCCACUCUUGUGGCUCCAAGAAGCAGUCCAUCAAUCAGAUCAACCUCUACAAUGAAGGCAUCAAGCGUACGCUAA